UUUCUCCGCGCAGGUCAUGGUGAUUAUAAACAAUAGAGAUGAUUAUUUAUCCUUCCUGAAAGUGCCAGGAGUAAGAAUGCAAACUGCUGUAGUGAGCAACAACAACUCCUCGACGACGACACUCACCAGGGACUCGCAGGUCCAGCAGCAGGUUCAGCAACAGCAGCAGCAAAACAACAACAAUAACAACAACAACAUCGCGUUGCAGAACAAUACCAACGGCAGCAGCAACAACAACAACGGCAUCAACAGCAACGGAGUGAAUGUCAACAACAACAAUAACAACAACAACAACAUUAACAACAAUAACGGCCUCCCGGGACUGGCCAAGGCGGUGCUGAUCUGCCGGCAGAAUUCGCACCCCUUCAAUAACCGCACCCUAUUUCUCGAACCCCACCAGGAGGUCAAGGUUGGCCGGUCCGUCGCGCGGAACCGCGUCUCGGAGAACAAUGCCAUCUUCGACUGCAAGGUGCUGUCGCGGAACCACGCCGUCCUCUGGUACAACGACGGAAAGUUCUUCAUCAAGGAUACGGGCAGCAGUAACGGUACCUUCAUCAACAAUGUGCGCCUCAGCCAGACGAGCACCGAGUCGGAACCGUACGAGGUCAGCUCGGGCGAUAUCGUCCAGUUCGGGGUGGACGUUAUGGAGAAUACGCGCCGCGAAACGCACGGCUGCAUAGUGGCCACGCUGAAGCUGUUCCUGCCGGAUGGGCGCGAAACCAAGGCGAGCCAGUCGAUCGGGGUGGGCGGCCAGAGCACGAAGAUCCCGCCGGUGGAUCUGUACCGGCUCAACCAGUACAUUCAGGAGGCGAACCAGCGCGAGCAGAUCCUGGAGACGAAGCUGACGAGUCUGCAGAAGAUGGUGGAGGCGACCAAACAAAAUUCGGCCCUCGGCUGGCAGGCCAUGAUCGACGAGGACCGGCUGCUCAGCCGCAUCGACAUGCUCGAGAAGAAGCUGCAGUACUUCCAGAAGGGCAUGACCGACGACAAGCUGCGCGAGGAGGUGCUGAAGCUGCAGGACGAAAAGUACCAGUACCAGAACUCGGCCAAGGAAACGCUGUGGAAGGUGCACCAGGAGCGGCUGGACGCGACCCACAAGCUGACGGCGAUCGAAAAGGCCCUGUGCAGCAGCGAGGACGAGUGUUCGUUUUUGCGCGAGCAGCUCAGCAAGACGCAGCUGCAGUUACAGGAAGUAACUGGCAGACUGGAUGCACUGCAAAAUCAGUACGACGAGCGGGUUUCGGCCGGCGAGGAGCAGCUCAAGGCGAAAGAAUCUGAAGUGUCCAAUCUGAGUCACGAGAUCAACCUGCUGCAGGAGAAGAUUAGCUUCUACGCGUUCUACGCCUCGGACGAAGACGAUCAACAGCAGCAGCAGCAAGAGUACAACAACUCGGCGGUCUCGGAUUGGCUGCUCAAAUCUGAUAUUAAGAAAUUGGAAGGAUCUGAAGAUAUUAUUAAGGCUAUUUGUAACGAUGCCGAAGCUGAUGCGAACUCGGACGAGAAGGAGAUAAACCUGGAGGACAGCGUGAUGCAGCUGCAGAAGCGGAUCAUGACGUUGGAGCGUAAUAUCUCACUGUUUAUGGAGAACGACAGCAGGGUCGAGAAUGAAAACAACGAGCCAAACGACAACGCCAGCGUGACUUCGACGUCGACGACCAACACGACGGUUCCGGGUGCCGUGUCCAACGACAACGCCGCCGAUCCCGCGACGAUCGCCGACGGCGAAGAGUGCGACGGAAAUCAGAACGUGCAAAACGCAACCGGAGAGUCCGACUCCCAGCCGUCCACGAACGAGACCACAACGACGACGACGACCACCACGGCGGCCACAAUUGCCAACUCGAACGCGGAUCAGCCACAACAAAACCCGCCAAAGCGAUCCUCGUCCGGCACGAAACUGCCGGCCCACCUGAGCUGCGAGCUGAACCAGAACGUGCUGCGGCGGAAUCUCAAACACAUCAAGAGCGAGUGCGCGCUGCUGCUGCGGCAGGUCAGCAAGGUGCGCGAGGACAACCGCAAGAGCGACGACAGCGUGGUGGCCAAAGUCAAGUACGACGAGCUGGAGGGCGAGUUGCGAACGCUCAAGCAGGAGCUGGAGUCCCGGCCGAGGUCGGACGAGCUGGACAAGAAGCAGCAGCAGUGCGAUAGUCUGAGCGAAAAUCUGGCCACGUUGCGGAUCGAGGCGGACGAGCUGCGGGCGUUGAACGAUCGCUGCCAGGACGAAAUGGAACGGAUGGAGAACGAGUUGCUCAAGCAAAAGAACAUGGAGAACGAGAAGCACAGUGCAAUGGCGGCGCUCCACAAGCAGGAGGCGUUCUCGGUUGAGGAAGUAGCCGUGGGGAAGGCCGAAGAAGAGGCGGUGCCAACGAAAGUGAUCGAAGUGGCGUCCGUUGAGACGCAAACCGAAGUCGAGGAACCGGUCGUUUUUAGCGCCGAUGCGAGCGAAAGUGAUGCCUCGAUAUGUUCGAAUCUGGGCGAGCUGGACGAAGAUGACGAUGACGACGAUGAGGAAGAUGACGACGAGAAGACGGAAACGAUCGACACUACCGAGAUAUUCGUGGGCCAAAAGUUGCUACAGUUGAACGAAAGUGGCCUCGAAACGACUGAUUCAGCGACCAGCAAUAGCCAUAGCAUCAGCAUCAGCAGCAGUCCAAACGAUAGCAAUCUCAGUCUCGAGGGUGAGACGACGCCAGUGACGGUGACCGGCGGCGGUGAACCCAACGGAAGCAUCCUGGAACGGGUCGAGAAUCUGCCGCUGGAGAGCAGUAGCAUCGAGCACGAGCUGGAGCUGAUAAACCAUCCGGAUGUCCAGCGGGAGGAGGAACUGAUUGCAUUCAAGGAGAAAUAUACUCAUCUCACGCAGGAGAACAUCCGGCUCAACCAGCAGCUGCAGAAGCUGAGCGACGACUUUAGCCACUUCAAGAGCAAAUCGGUCAUGAAUCUUCUGAUGUACAUAGCGCCCGUUAUUGUUAUCAUUGGUUAUUUACUGUUUAAUCGUGUAGUAUCGUAAAAGCAGCACUAGCAGAUAUUAUUUUGUUCAGUUUUGCUCAGUUGCAGAGAUUAGAGAAUUUAUAAAUAUUUAUUUCAACUUCAGCUAAAAGCAGAGCGGGAGAGCCAGGAUAGGAUCUUCAUUUCGUACUUUAUUUCGCGCGCCUUAAUCACACGAGUUAAAAAUUCAACGCACGAUUUGCAAAACUACCCCUUCCUUUUUCGGCCAAUAGCUUUAAAAUUUAGGUUUCUAUUCUUUCAAUACAUGUGUCUGUAGUUAAAAUGUAUUUAUUAUAUCACCCAGAACGAGAAAAUGUACUAACAGUUAUUUAGAGGAAACAAAAACAUGAAAAUCAGACGUGGAAAGACGUGGCGCAGAAGGAGGAAACAGGAUCAACUCACUCUUCUUACUUUCUGAACGCACGCGCGUGCAUAAUAAUAUUCAAGUAACGAUAGCAAGAAUCACUCUCUUUACAACAAACCCACACAACCGUACGAGUUUUAGAAUUACACACACAUGCACACACUUUCCAAGUCCGGUGCGGUGUGGAAGUGGACGCGGACAAUUAUUAUGCCCUAUAUCAGGUUAGCUUUUAUAAACUCACAACACCCACACAACAAAAACACACACACACAUUUAAUCUAUAGAUAAUACACGCGCUCCUAAACUAACGUAAAGCUUGAGAAAUUUGCGAAGGUGGUGAAAAUCAGGUCUUCAAACGCGAUUGAAUUGUGGUGUCGUCCUGAACAUGAUCAAAAUCUACAAAAAAUCCCAACUGUACAUUCUCCACACACACAAAAAAACGCCAUCCCGAAAGAAAAAGAGAAACUCGAAUAUGAAUCCCGAAACUCGAGCAUAUUACACACGUUGUAGCAUAUAUAUUACAGACAAGAGUACAAACCCAGAGAGACGACCCGUGCGCGACACACACGACCUGCACGACACAUGACACGAGGGACAAAUAAUCGCGUGCGUAAGAUUUCUGCGUUUCAAGAGGAAGAGAGGGCCACGUAAAUCGUAAUAAUAAUAUGCCAAUGAAGAGAGUUGCUAAAACGAA